AUGGAUGCUACAAGCAUGGCACAGCCCUCUCCGACCGAAAGCUUCACAUGUUUUCCUCUUCUACCAGUGGAACUGCGAUUAAUGAUCUGGAAGCGUGCCCUUCCCCGAGUUGUCCGCCACGGCUUGUUCCUCUAUGGAGAAAGCCGCUGGCGCUUGCACCACGCGCAUCGAAUCCAACGUCACGACCCACUGUACCAUGGUAACGAUAUGAAGAUUGAUGUCACCACCUUGAUGAUGAUCAACGAAGAAGCGCGAAGUGUCGUGCUGGACUGGGCCGACAAAGAAGAUCUGGACCUCUUCGGCGAGCCCACGCCUGAACCCUUCUUUUUCUGUAUCAGAACCUUCGACCCAGCAACCGAUGCGAUCUACAUGGCUCUCAGCCGGGUAACCAAGCGCCAUAUUGCACUGCAUUAUGCGGAAAAUGGUUUCAAUUGCAUAACGGCAAACGGGGACCGCGUGGCCGCGAGACGCCUUGCAUUUCCUCGCGAGGUGUUGGAUGGCAGGAGAGUCGACAUACAUCGAUUUUAUCUGGACUUUGUCCACGUUGUGACUGUGUACGAGGUGUUGAUUGUGAUGAAUUCUGCACAGGCACCGGCGAUAGAACGGGAAUUUGGACCCGUGCUUCAGUCGCAGUGGGAGUGGGAGGUGGAUGAAGCGGGUUACGAUGACGAGAGGUUCAAGCGGUGGGCAACGCGAGUCACUUAG